AGAAUCCCGAAUAGUGCGUCCUACGUAAGAACCCGAUUCAAAUGCUUCAUCAUCAUUAUUAAUAUUAAUAUUAAUAUUACAUUACAUACAUGUGGUGUAGUAUAUAGUAUCUAUACAUACAUCCGAAUAUGAAUAAUAAAUAAAAGUAUAUUAAAGUAAGAAAACAUUAUAUUAUAUUAGUAGCCACGAAAAUAUAAUAAGCUAGGUACGUACGUAGAUUGAAGAAUAGAAGAUCCAUUAUCAUGGCUCAGGUUUCAGAGAAACAAGUGAUGGUUGUUGGCAUCGAUGACAGUAAUUAUAGCUCCUAUGCUCUUGAAUGGACUCUUGAUCAUUUGAUUACUACACUGCCAAAUCCAAUCUUCAAACUUGUUCUUGUUUAUGCCAAACCUUCUGUUAGUUCUACUGUUGGAUUUGUCGGUCCCGGAGCUGCUGAGGUUUUGCCUAUUGUGGAUGCUGAUUUGAAAAAAACUGCUACUUUAGUUAUUGACGAAGCUAAAGAAAUCUGCACCAAGAGAUCGGUAAAAGACAUAGUAGUGGAAGUGGUGGAAGGUGAUGCUAGAAAUGUUCUCUGUGAUGCUGUGGAGAAGCACCAUGCAUCAAUAUUGGUUCUUGGUAGUCAUGGUUAUGGGGCUAUAAAAAGGGCGGUAUUAGGCAGUGUAAGUGACUACUGUGCUCAUCAUGCUCAUUGCACUGUGAUGAUCGUGAAGAAGCCAAAAACCAAACACUGAUUUUAUCGGCUGCGUGUCUCCAUUGUCCUACAGCAAUCAGAAUAAAUAUUUUCAGCAAAAGGAAACAUUAAUGUUCUUUAAAGUUUUCACUAAGUUGUUUGUUCCAUGUCAUAUUGACUCUAUAGAAUAAGGUUCAUUUCACAUUUUAGUAUGUUUAAAAUACUAAAAUUAGAACAGGAUUUUCCCCUGUCCCAGCCAGUAGCCAUUCUGGUACUUUACUUUGUUUAUGAUCAACUUUUGUAAAUGUGACUGUUCUAUGCAUAAAUGAAUAAUAAUCAUAUAUGUCUGGGGUGAUUUUGUCCA